AUGUCAGCGCGUAUGAAACAGGUGCGGAACUCAAUUGAUCAAGAAGUUUCAGACAUUGGAGGUCUUCGAAGAGUUUUUGCGAAGUCUACUUUUAACAGUGACAAGUUCGCUAAAAAUAUCUCAAAAAAUGGAGAUAAAGCUACAAUUAGUAUGCUUGAAAAGCUUAACAUUAUGUCAUCAGAUGCAUCGAAUAAGAUUAAACGUUCAGUAUACGAAAAUUAUAAAUUAUUUAUUAAAGCUGGUAAAGCAGCUAGUCAAUUAGAGAAUACAAUGCAUCAAAUACAUAAUGAAUUUACAGAGAAACAACGUGUUAUGAAUACUCUUACUGAAUUAUCUUUAUUCGGUGAUGUAAUCACAGAUGUCUCUGCAUCAGAAUAUGAUUUAUCCGAUACACAUAAUAAUGAAACUACUGGAAACUUACCACAUAGUGAGUAUACUGGCAUCACUGCAACACGUUUAGCUGGGUUAGUUGAAGGAGCUUCAGUGUUGGUCGGUGAUUCAAGUCGUCGAGUUAUUUUCGAUGGAGAUCUACGCGAAUUAAGCAUGGAUGAUUUUACUUUAGUCUGUAUGGCUAGAGUUUUUGUUCUAACUGACACUUUGGUCAUUGCAUAUCAUAAUCAGUCUGGCUCAUCUUAUCCUUAUCGUCUUCAGUCAACAUAUGAUCUGAAUAACUUUGCUAUCGCAAAUAUUUCUGCUAUAGAUCGUCGUCCAAUCCCACCGAAUACAUUUAAACUGUUAGUAUUCCCUACUAAUCGUCUAUUUCAAGCAGAAACAGCUAGUGAUCAGAAACAUUGGUUAACUCUACUUGAUGAAACAAUGCGUAAACAUCGAAAUUCUCAAUCAUAUAUACCAUCGAAUAUAAGAUUUGAUCCACGUCUAUCUACAACAAAUUCAAUUGGUACCUUAGAUACAAAUGUUAUGAAAUUGACUAUGCUACCACCAAAAGUAUCUGCUGAAGCUACAUUAGCUGGACAUAAAGCAUUAUCAUCUACUUUACCUGAUUGUGUUGAUCUUUUAACCCCUGUUGAUCAAUUAGAUUUAUCUAGUAAAAAGAAUCCAUUUGAUGAUUCCCCUGAUGGUGGAAAAUAUCAAUCAAGUAAAGUUGGUAAGCAUAAAUCACGUCAUAAUUGGUUAUGGGAUGUACCAGAAGAUUUAGAUGUAGCUAUAUCAGAAAGAAAUUUUCAACAUAAGCGAAUAACAACAACACCAACACCAACAACAACAACACCACCAACAACAACAUCAGGAAUAUCUUCAUUGAAUCAUCGACAAAUUCAACAAUCUGAUAAGAUAAUUGAUUAUCGAUUAAGAACAGAUUGGGAGAAAUUAUCGAAACGUAUUGAAAGGAAUGAAUAUCAUUUAACUGAAGCUUUACAAUAUGAAUUAAUAUCAUCUGCUUAUAGACAUGGUGCUCCAAAUACUGUCAAAUCAAUUAUUAGUCAAUUAGGUUUACUUGGUAAAUCUUUACUUGCAGCUGAAUUAUUUCUUGUAUAUCGUUCACAAAGAAUGAAUAAAUCAUUAAUACAUAGUGUACAUCAAGAAGGCAAUCAAUUAAUUUAUUUAAAUAAAUUAUCAUUAAUAUUUCAUUGUAAUUUAGCUGAAACAUAUAUUGAAUGGUAUAAUAGUGUUGUUCAACCAUUGAAUAGUAUACUUAUAUCGAAAAUGGAUGGUAUAUCACAACAACAACAACAAAAACAACAACAAGAACAAUUUGAAAAUAUUUGCUCUUUAAAGUUCUAUAGCUGGGCAUUGGAAGAAACAGAGAAAUUCAGUCAACAACUUCGUGUUCUCCUUAUCGAUAGUCAUGCUGUCUCCUUUUAUUCAAUGGCGUAUGCUGCCCAGAGAAUUAAGGCGCAUGCUGAUAAGCUAACUGAAUUACUUGGUGUUGAUAUCUCCUCCACUCUACAUCGAAGUUUAUCACGAGCAUGGAAACGAGCUGCAGAUGAACAAUCUCGUGUAUUAUGUGAAGCUGUUGAAAAUCGUGCCAAGCAAGAAUCUUGGGAGACAAUAUCAAAUUUGCCUAAAGGUGAACAAGAGAAAAUUAUUUCAGAUCUGAUUGAUUUCUCUUUACUGAAUCAGUAUAGUGCAGCUGAUUAUGGUAUCAAAUUGACAAUGAGUGCAUACUAUUUAAUUCGAUCUAUUCGUCAAUUUAUUCAAAGUGUUAAUCUACUGAAUUGUUCUGAGUUAAGUGUUACUUUAACAGCAUGUUUUGUGCAUAUGCUUAAUUCACAACUUGAUUGUUAUGAACGUGUAUCACCGAUUGAUAUUGCUGAUCCAGCUAGACAAUCUGUCAUUUUAAUCAAUCUUGAAUUUUUAAUUAAAUCAAUUAUACCGAAAUUAAGUAAUAUCUUAAAUUGUACUGAAAAUUCUACUAUCAAAGGAUUAUUAUCCAAUUUAAAAGGAUGUUUGCAUAGUAUCAAAGGUGUAGACGAUGAUGCUGUUGAUGUCGAUGUCGAGGAUGAAAAUACACUUGGCGAUGCAAUAUAA